AUGGUGAGAGGAUUGUUGGGAAAAAUCGCCCGUCGCUCGCUCUCCGUCGCCGGGAAAUGGCAACAGCAACAGCUCCGCCGUCUCAACAUACACGAGUAUCAGGGAGCGGAGUUGAUGAGCAAACAUGGCAUAAACGUUCCGAAAGGCGUGGCAGUUGGUUCUGUGGAUGAAGUUAGAAAGGCUCUGCAAGAAGUGUUUCCUAAUGAGAGUGAGGUGGUUGUGAAGUCUCAAAUCCUUGCUGGUGGUCGAGGACUGGGAACUUUCAAGAGUGGUCUCCAGGGGGGAGUUCAUAUUGUAAAGGCUGAGCAGGUUGAGGAUAUAGCUGGUAAGAUGCUCGGGCAGAUACUUGUUACUAAGCAAACUGGGCCUCAAGGAAAAGUUGUCAGCAAGGUGUAUUUGGCUGAGAAGCUAUCCCUAGUCAAUGAGAUGUAUUUUGCCAUUACUCUUGAUCGCAUAUCUGCUGGUCCUAUUAUUAUUGCCUGUAAAAAGGGAGGAACCAGUAUUGAAGAUCUUGCAGAGAAACACCCGGAGCUGAUUGUAAAGGUGCCAAUUGAUGUUUUCACCGGAAUUACUGAUGAGGAUGCCGCGAAGGUGGUUGAUGGUCUAUCUCCCAAGGUGGCUGAUAGAAAUGCAUCGAUUGAACAAGUGAAGAAGUUGUAUGAACUUUUCUGCAAAUGUGAUUGCACGCUGUUGGAGAUCAAUCCAAUUGCUGAGACCUCCGAUAAGCAGUUAGUAGCUGCUGACGCAAAACUCAACUUUGAUGAUAAUGCCGCUUUUCGCCAGAAAGAGAUUUUCGCUCUUCGGGAUCCCACACAAGAAGAUCCUCGUGAGGUUGCUGCAGCUAAAGCAGACUUGAAUUACAUUGGUUUAGAUGGAGAAAUUGGUUGCAUGGUGAAUGGUGCUGGGUUGGCCAUGGCCACGAUGGACAUAAUUAAGUUACAUGGAGGAACUCCAGCUAAUUUUCUCGAUGUUGGAGGAAAUGCUUCUGAAGGCCAGGUUGUGGAAGCCUUCAAAAUUCUGACUUCCGACGAGAAGGUGAAGGCUAUUCUUGUCAAUAUUUUUGGUGGGAUCAUGAAGUGUGAUGUAAUAGCCAGUGGAAUUGUAAAUGCUGCUAAACAGGUUCAACUGAAAGUUCCUGUUGUUGUCCGUCUUGAGGGCACUAAUGUUGACCAAGGCAAGAGAAUCCUAAAGGAAAGCGGCAUGACUUUGAUUACUGCCGAAGAUUUGGACGAUGCGGCUGAGAAGGCAGUCAAGGCCAUAGCAAGCUGA